AUGAGCAUCAGUCCUCUAGGUUCCAAAGCCUCCAUAGCUGAAGCGGUAGCCAUCACUGAUGAUACGGAGAAUGAGGACAACGAUGAUUUGCUAAUCAGGAGUGAGCAAUCGAGAAUCAGCGAGACUUCUGAAAGUAGAAGGAGGAGUGGCCGCAGCAGAUCGGGAUCCAAGGGUCGCAAGAGCUCGCAUAAGAGAAGCAGCGGAAGCAGUCAUCACCCUAGACGGCGCACCAAGCAGUCACACUCUCCCAUGCGAUCUUCCUCACGCAGCGGAGGGAGUUGUAGCAGCGGUGAUCAAAUGCUGUUUACUGAUUCAGAUGAAGAGGAAUAUUAUGCGAAAGAAAGCAUUAGCAGGUCUUCUCGAACGUCUCCCAAGCCAGACAAGAGAGGUGCCAGCAUUAAGAGCUUUUACGACGAUGACGAUGAUGCUAAGCCUAGAGCAAAGGGCUUGAGGCAUCAUUCAGAACAUUCACCGAAACGUUCUCCUAAACAUUCUCCUAAUCCGAGCAAGGGUAGCAUCAGUUCGAGACAUUCGGAGCAUUCUCCUAAACGGACCAGUUCGAGGCAUUCAGAACAUUCUCCGAAACGUUCCAGUUCGAGACAUUCGGGGCACUCUCCUAAACGGUCUCCUAAGAAGGACUCUUCUACUCGGAGCAAGGGUCUUACUGCCAGUUCAAGACACAGUACUGAAGAUUCAACGGCCACGCAAAAGGCAAUUGACGAAGCCAACAGGAGACACAGUUCGGAUCUUGUCUUGACAUCUUGGCACAGUCGAAGCAGUAGGAGUAAUUCCAGUUCGAACAACAGCACUGAAUCACCAAAUGGGGAGCCAAAAGCUAGCGGUGCCUCUCGAGGUUCCAAAACAAGCAGGUCCUCCAAACAUAAUCAGAGUUCGAAACGGUCCCUCCGAUCCAAUGGUAUGGAAUUCGCCAGUCCAUCGGGACAAAGCCGAAAGAGUGCUGGCUCUGCUAAAAGUGCUGACAUUUUAUACGGAGAUGAAGAUGCCAAGGCCAAAGGUAGAGGAUCAGGAUCAGGAGGAUCAAAACCCAGGUCCCUCACCCCUGGUAUCGAAUUCCUUAGUCCCUCUGGACAAAGUCGAAAGAGUGCUAGCACAUCUAGAAGUGCCGGCACUUCCAAGAGUGCGGAUCUGCUUUACGGAGAUGACGAUGUCAAGGCCAAAGCCAAAGCGUCACGAAAUUCCAGCCGAAGUAGAUCUCCCAAACCUGGUUUCGAGCUCAUGAGCCCAUCUGGACACCGCAGCAGCGGCAAGGCUUCCAAGAGUUCCCGGAACAUUGCCCUAUUGUACGGGGAAGAGGAUGAUGAUGCCAAGGCCAAAUCCAAGGCAUCCCGGAGCUCGAAACAAUCCCUCAAGCCUGGUAUGGAGAUUGUCCCUAAUACAAUUGGAACAAGCAUGAGUACCAUAAGCACUGCUCCAACCUCACAAAUUUUGUAUGGAAUGAGUAGUGAGCAUAGCGAUUCCAUCAGUGCUGCCCAUAGCAAGGAAUCUAACGGCACCAAGAGUACGGUCGAGAUCUUGUACGGAGGAGAGGAUGCCGAUGCCAAGAUCAAGGCAAGGCGAUCCCGAGGCUCUGGUAGACCCUCCCACCACAAUCCUGGGGUGGAACGCGUGACCGAAACCGAAUCCUCCUCUGGCCAUUCCACGAGGAGUACGACUCCACCUGUGGAUGGACCAGUGGUUACAGGCAUGAUGAUCAACGAUAACUCUGCUUCGUUCAGGACGGCACCCAAGAACAACUCUGUUGUUGUCAAUAAUGCAACUGUGCCGUCGAAUAAGAAGAAAAGGUCGAAAAGGAGAAAUCGAUUUUCCUUUAUCAAGUGGACCCUUUUGGCGUGUAUCGUCCUUGUGCUUGUGGUCGGUGGUGGAAUUAUAGCCUAUCUUGCUCUCCGAAAUGGAGAUGAGGAUGCUGUUCAAGGUGCAGAAGCUCAAGAUGUCGAUUCCCAAGAUCCCAACGCCAACACACCUGAAGCACCAGCCGGUGCCCCAAGUGGUAUCAUUACUCCCACAGCGCCACCAACAAACAAAAAGACUCUGGAUCCACCAAGCGCGGAAGACUGUGCCGCCAUUAUGAAAAACCAGACCAUUGCAGGAGGAGGAAACAACCCGGCCAACUGGAAGGCCAACAUUCAGAUCAAUGUAAAGGGCGAAACUGGCAUGACCGAUGAAAUGGUCCAAGAGUUAUUGAAUUCUAUCCAAGAACUUUUGCUUCCGUCCAUGGCUGGUUGCACUAGCAGCAGUGAUGAGCGAAAGUUGAUUCGAACAGGAGCAUCAUUCUCAUCUCGACAACUACAAGUGGUCAUUGAUGAUUCUUCUCGAUUUGCAAUUCUAUAUGCCUUUGUCAAAGGUGAAGUCCAACAAGAUGCAGUUUGCGUGGACACGGCGACUCCCGAGUUGUGCUACAUUGUCCUUGUGGAGUUCUUCAUAUACUUGGAUGCUGAUAUUAGUUCGGAUGAACUUGGGGAUAUCCUAAUGGAGGAAUUGGAAGACGGCAACGACAUUGUAUCCAAAUUGAACCUCGGUGACUGGUUCCUUUCGGCGAAUGUUACAAACAUCACUGAUGUGACACAAGCUGCUGAUGCUUCAUCUAUGUCUCCAACGGAUGCUUUCGCUGGGUCAAGAUCGCCAAGCAAGAGUCCAACAAUGUCUCCUACAGUUCUAUCACCAACCAAAGUUCCUGAUAGUCCUACGGCGGUGCCUGUGUUGGAACCAACAGGCACACCCACAGACAUUCCUGCAGAAGGAACUACGUCGACUCCCCUUCAAACUCCUUCCGCAAUGCCAACGGACGUUACAAGUUCCUCGCCUUCUACAAUGCCAUCGGAGUCGCCAUCCGAGACUCCGAGCUCGUCACCAUCUUCAUCUCCAACAUCCAUGCCUGUGGUCGGACCAUCGCCUCCACCAACAGCAUUGCCGACAGCUUUCCCUUCGGAAGCACCAUCCACAAAGCCAUCGAUAGCGGCAAGUUCCUUCCCAACCAUCAGCGCCAGUGCGUUACCCAGUGCGGCACCCACUGUGGUUGGUUCCUCGGCUCCUUCGACUCCACGUCCAUCCAGUGCACCUUCGGUAGCACCUGUUAGUUCAAGCCCAUCGUUCAAUCCUACAAUCCCGGCACCAUCGGAUCCUCCUUCACAGACUAUCACUCACUUUCCGUCAUUUGCACCAAGCCUGGCGCCUACUGCGAUAUGCUAUUGCAUGGAUGAAACAGCGGACUCUGCGCCUUCCUGUGACGGAACCGUGGCAAACCAUGAGAUUGGCUGCGAGAGCUGUAUCGGUGCCUAUAGUUGCUCCAUGAUGCAAUCCAAUCCCAACUCGAAUCCAACGAUUGGCAUCAGUUCUUGCCAAGGAGAAAGCGCCUGUGGCUGGGCAACGGUGAUUUCCAUUGGAGAUAACAGUUGUCACGGGCUCUACACUUGCGAAGGGCGACUAAUCGAGGCAGGUUCUGGUAGCUGUACCUCGAACUAUGCUUGUACGGCGGAUUUCUGGGGAUCUACAGUGAGCACACUGUCCGCUGGUGGACAGUCUUGCAAUGGUGAAUACAGUUGCUACUCCCACGAGCUCGUUGCGAGAUCACAGAGUUGCAAGGAUACCUAUGCCUGUGCCGGGCGCGCAAAAAUGUUUGUUGCGGACAAUGCCUGUCAAGGGAACAAUGCCUGCAGUGGUGCAGUAUUCAGUAGAGGCUCACUAUACCAGGCACAAACGGAGACAUCCUACUUUGGCAACGGUAGCUGUACUUGCCCAACCUGCUGUACCUGUAUGAUUCGAGUCGUAUCUGGUCGCUGUACCACUCUCGGCGAGUGCUGUGAUAUUGAUGAUCCAACUUUGAAGGCAGCUGGAGUCCAAGAUAAUACAGAAGAGGAAAUGAAAAAAGAUCUUGGAGUACUUUAUCUUUCUUCACUGUUUGCGUAA